AUGGAAUUGGUGGUUCCCCAGAUUUUGAAUGGAGGAGUGGACACGGUGUUUGUCAUGCCAAACCUACAGCCGCCCAUCACAAGUAUAGCCAAAGCUUUAGACUACCAGUCCUGUCUGCGAGCCAUCGAACCUAAAGUCCAUUAUCUCAUGUCACUCUACCUUCAUCCCUCCAUUACCCCCGAAGUAAUCGCUGAAGCCGCAGCCGCUGGUAUUGCUGGUGUCAAGAUGUAUCCUCAAGGUGUGACCACGAAUUCCGAGUCAGGCGUGCCAGCCGAUUUCCUGAAAGCCUAUUCUCCUGUCUUCGCUGCCAUCGAACAGCAUGACAUUGUGCUUAACUUGCACGGAGAGUGGCCGGGACGUCCACCAAGCGACGAUAUUUCUCUUGAAGAAGCGUUCCUGCCAGAGCUUAAGAAGCUUCACGAGAAAUUUCCACGUCUUCGAUGCGUCCUCGAGCAUUGUUCCACCGCCGCGGCUCUGGAUGCCGUACGGGCUUGCGGCCCAUCAGUUGUUGGAACGAUAACGGCACAUCACCUCUACUUGACGGGUGAUGAUAGUCAGACAGAUCCUCUGGCUUUUUGUAAACCUAUUCCAAAAAAGCCAUCAGAUCGAGAUGCCCUGAUCAAAGCUGUAUGUAGCGGGGACCCUAAAUUCUUCUUCGGUAGUGAUAGCGCACCGCAUCCGUUAGCGUCUAAGACUAAGAUCGAGAGUGGCCAAGCAGUACCAGCGGGCGUAUUCACACAGCCCUUCGCUAGCCAGCUUGUGAUUCUAGCACUUGAAGAGGCAAUUGGAAGGGGAGUUCUCGAAGAAGACGAAGUCACACAGGACCGGCUUGAGCAGUUCCUCAGUCGAUCUGGAAGGCGCUUCUACAAGCUGCCUGAUCCUGUCACCGAAGGACCACCCAAGAUCGUGCUUGAGAGAAAAGGCGAAACGAUUCCCACGAGCAUAAAGAGCGCUGAUGGCACUCUUGAGAUUGGGUUAUCAAGAUCAAAUGCUCCUGUUUUCAGUUUAAGCUGGCUUACGUAG